AUGGCCUUCGGGUUCUUCAGGAUAGCGGCAGACCUGUCGCACGUCACCUCCAAAUGCAUCCUCCUCUUCUCCAUUCAUCGAAACCGGAGUUCCGAAGGCGUCUCCCUCUUGACCCAGGUCUUCUACGCCCUCGUCUUCGUCACCCGAUACACCGACCUCUUCACUGAGACGCAUGCCUGGAACUACUGCUUAAAGGUCUUCUACCUGCUCUCGUCCUUCUAUACUAUCGCUGUUAUGCGCUUUGUCUAUCCACGCACCCGCGAGCGUGAGGUUGCCUGGAAGCUAAGUGCUAUGAUCUUGCUUGGCAGCCUGGUGCUGUCGCCCUUUUUCAUGCUCAUCUUUGAGCCUAAGUACCUGUGGUCCUUCCAAGACUUUCUCUGGGUCUUCUCUCAAAUUCUUGAAUCUGUCUGCGUCCUCCCACAACUUCUUCUCCUCCGUCAGACCACCGUGCCGACCGUCAUUACCUCCUUCUACAUCGUCUUCCUCGGUGCCUACCGCGCACUGUACCUGGUCAACUGGUUCCUGCGCGAACUCGAUCCAAAUGACCGCCGCCCGAACCCGAUCUCUGUUAUCUUCGGCAUCGUGCAGACCGCGUUGUAUGCCGACUUUGCCUGGGUCUACUGGUCUCGUCAACGUGUCAAGCUGCGUAACGGCGGUAUCGUUGAUGCGGAUGACCUCCGUCGCGGCUGGCUCCUGCGCCGCAUCUUUGGCGCAAAGCCGCUUGCUAGGGAGAUCGAUGGAGAGGGUGGUGAUGAGGAGAGCGCCCCUGCCCUUGGCGGCAGCCGUGGAGGGUUCAACCACCAGCCGCUUAACGGCGGGCGGCCGUCUCGUGCAAAGUGGGGUUCCCGUGGGAUUUCCAUCAGCGCCGACGAAGGCGUGUUCGAUAGUCGUGUGGACGACGACGACGAUGACGAUGUAGAGCAGGGCGUGACGAGUGCUGCCGCUGAUCCGGAUGCUAAGAUGCGUGAUCCGGACGAGCUGGCGCGCGCCCUGGACGAUGACGACGAAGACGAUAAUAAUGCCCUGCCAGGAGCGUCGAAGGGGCAAGUCAGUACGGAAUCUUCGAAUAGUAUUUCGCCGUCUUCUGCGAAGGGGAAGCAGAGCAGGUCAGAGGAAGAGAAUGCAUGGAGUGCUCCUUGA